UCAACUCAACAAAAAACAGUAACCUAACGAUAGAACAAUGUCUUCCCCCUCCCAAUCCCAUUGGGACGUGUUGACAAUGGCGGCUAAAGAAAAUGACGUCACUGCCCUAUACAAAUCUAUCCAAGACGACCCAGAGAUCCUAAAGAAAAUCAAAGAAAUCCCAUUCGUGGAUACCCCACUGCACGUGGCCGCAGCAAAUGGCAACACCCUUUUCGCCGUGGAAGCCAUGGCCAUAAUGCCAUCUUUUUGCAAGAAGCUCAACGGCGAAGGCCUAAGCCCCUUACACUUGGCCCUGCAAAACAGCCACCUCAAAACCGCUGGCCAUAUGGUAAAACUGGACGGCGGGCUGGUUCGGGUGGGCGGGAGGGGGAAGAUGACGCCCAUGCACUACUUGGUCUCGGUUACUAAGGAUGGUGACGCCGAGAAACUGGAGUUGUUGAUUGAUUUUCUCACGGCGUGCCCUGGAGCUGUUAAGGAUGUCACGGUUGAUUGCAAAACCCCAAUGCAUGUGGCGAUUGAACGAAGGAGUUUUGACGCUUUUGGAGUGAUGUUUGGUUGGGUUUGGAGGACUGGUAAGAUCAAGGUUUUAGACAUGGAAGAUGUCAACGGGAACACUGCACUUCGUCUGGCUGCAGAAGCACAACACACCAUGAAUGCUGAGACGUCAGAGUCAGGUGUGGAGAGGCCAAAAAGAAUCCCAAAAGCAUUCAAAAAAAUCCGAGAGAACAGCAAAGAAAUAAUAGCCAACGCAAAGGGAAAGGAGGGAAUAAAUCGCCUGAAAUUCUUCCUGUCAUCGGAGACACCCAUGCAAAAGCUCAUCCGUUACUCCGCCCACAUCCACAAAGGCAUGUCAAUGAACAUCCGGAACGUGGUGCUAGUGGUGGCGGUGCUGGUAGCCACCGCCGUCUACCAAGCAACUCUCACGCCCCCCAACGGCGUCCUACACAACACCACCACCGAUCCCACUUCCCCAUCUCCAUCUCCAACCCCCAAUAACACUGUCCACCACCACUACAAGCGCCAUUUCACUCUCUUUGUAUCUAUGAACACAUUGGCCUUCAAUCUCGCCUUAGGGGUGAUGCUAUUCGUGCUCCCAUUUGUUCUCUACAGCGUUUUCCUCCACUUGGCUCUGUAUUUCAUGUCCGUCAGCUUCCUCAUCAUGUUGCACGUAACCGGGGAGAAGGAGAACAAGACCACAGCGAAGGUGUUAAUGUAUAUUUCUUUGGGGCUGUUUGGCAUUGCCUAUUGUGUACGCUUCUUUAUUGCCACCUUAAAGACCAUCUUACGGAUGCCGUGGUGGGUGGGGAAGCCGUGUCGUAUGAUGCGCAAGCUUAUUGGGUGUAUGGGCAUGCAAAAUAGUUUUCAUGAGCUUCAGCUGCAGUUAGAGACCUUGGGCUGGUCAGGCGAUCCCCAUGGCUCCUACUAUAGCCAGUAGCUUAGCUAGCUUCACUAGCUUAGACCAGCUCCAGCUUUCAAGGAGAGUCAUAGAGGUGUCAUCGGAGUACGUGCUUGUAAAAUGAAUUUGAUUUGUUUUUAUAUGUUUA